AUGAGUGAUUCAGAGGGGGAGCCUGAUGGAAUAUAUGGUGACAAAGUAAACGUAGUUGCACGACAUGUGGUAAGAUAUAUUCUUUCUUUUGCCGAAUCGCAAUCAACUGUUAUUUCACGAUCCAAGUUAGGUGGUGUUAUACGCGAGGCAUGUGGGAAGGAAAACACGAAGAACGUGAAGUUUGACAAAGUUUUCACAGAGGUGAACUCCCUUUUAUUCGACACAUAUGGCUAUCAUCUUGUAGGGCUACAUCCCAAGCUUAACAGAGAAACAAUAACCAAAAAACAAUCUCAAUCGCGAACACAGACUCAAACUCAGUCGUUAUCGCAAGCUAACACUCAAACACAAUCUCAAAGCCAGGCAGUUAGGCAAAAUCAGAGUACCUACGAUGAUCAAGAACCCUUAAAUAAUAUAGAGCAUGGAGAAUACCCAGAUUUAAUGAAUAAGGCGCAAAAUUUCAUUCUCAUUGACGGUCUUCCUGCUCCUCCUGCUAAAUUUGAGCAAUAUCUUUUAGAUCAAUCGAAAAAAGCCUACGAAGAUAGGAUUAUUGACGAAGAAUAUGUUGGCAAUGACAUAUCUACGCUCUCUAAAUCCGAAUUCCAGGACGGCUUGUCGACAGAUAAAGGCUUGGCAGUUCAGGGCCUCACAUUCAUAAUUUUAGCGGUGAUCUUGUUUUCAAAAAACAAUCUGCUUCAUCAAGAACUCACUCAUCACCUUCAGAAGUUUGGCGUUCCACAAGAUGGGCACAAGAUUCCAAUAAUCGACAUGACAGUUGAAGAAUUAAUUAAGUUACUUGACAAACAAGAAUACAUUACCAAAAUCGAGGAGCGCUCCAAGGAUGGUACGCAAGAAACAGUAUUUUACAAAAUUGGCCGACGCACCCAAGCUGAAUUUGAUAGAGCAGCACUUCUCAGCAUGUGCCAAGAGUUACUAGGUCUAGACCACAAACAGACACAACUGAUUGGCAAAUCCAUUGACCUCAGCAUCAAUGACGCUUACAAGGUGUCAUAA